UUCCUCGCGGGUGAUGGUUCUCCAAUGUAAGACUCUGCUGUUUGUGAAUUUCUUGCAGGCCCAAGAUUAUUGAGCAGCCUGUGGCUGGCGAUGAAUAUGAAGCUCUCCAGUGUGACUGGAAUCAUUCUCUUGCUGUUAUUAAUUCAAGCAGGAGGUCCAGUUCAUGGUGGGGUCCACCAGUCUCCCGAUUUGUUGAAGGCAGAGGAAGGGGAUGAUGUGGCACUACAUUGCCACUUUGACCCAUCCAAUCACCCAUCACAACUGGUAGCCUUACAAUGGAAUCUGCCCGAAGGUGAGGUGUAUGCGAUUGUGCCUGGUAACGCUAAGGGAGGCAAGACCAGCAAGAGACUGGUACUCGAGGUGGACCUGCAAGCGAGGAGCUCCUUGUUGCGCAUCAGUGGUGCCAUCACCAAUGACAGUGGCCUCUACGUCUGCCUCGUCGAACUCCUCGAACCUCUGCCCAUUAUCCAGAUGAAGGGGAGUGGGACCCAGCUUCAUGUCAUACCAGGAAACAGGACAAAUCAAGUCAGAAAGGAACCCAAACACAUUGAAGACUUUUCCAGCAAUGGAACAAAUCCAGGAACAAACGUGUCCAAAAUGAUCCUCGGAUUUACUGUGAAUGUGAUCUCGAGACCGAUGAUGGAGCUCAGCUGUUUCAUCUCGCUCCUCUGCCUCGUCACCCUUGCCCUGGUUGCUGGCCUUGGAGAUUCCGUCUGGAUGAGAUGGAAAUUUUCCCAGAGAAGCCAGACUUACAACAUCAGGCGUCACAAAGGGAACUUGCGGGUCGCUCGGAGAGGAGUCUCCUCAGUUUCAGUCAUGUAGCGCACAAGUCAGACCCGGGCCCACUCCCCAGGCAAAGAGACCACUGUAUUGGUAUCAGUCCUCAAACUCUCCUCCCUCCACUCCCCAACCCCCCACUCCCUCCUCUCAACUUUCUCACCCCUCUCCCCACUUCUCCUCAUUCCCUGCUCUCCCUCCUCUCCCCACUCUUCAAUUACCUACAUUCACCUCAAGCUCUCUCACCCUCCUCUUCAUCCUUCCCCUCUCUCUCCUCUUCACUCUGCCUCACCCUCACCCUCUCCCCCUUCCCUCACUCCCCUCUUCUGUUCCCUGACCCUCAUUCACCUCUACCCCACACCUCUCACUGACCCUCACCCCUUCAUUUCCUCCCUUUUCCUUUCAGCCCCACACACGUGGACACACACAUACUCAUAUACAGAGGCACAGAUAUACACACAAAAACAAACACACAAAUACACACUCAUACAUGCACACACAUAGACACACAUGCGCGCGCACACACACACAUAUAGACUCACACACACUCGUACACACACACAGACACAUAUACACAUGCACACACACAUUCACAGAGACACACACACAGACACACACAGAUACACACAGACACAUACAGACAUAGACACAUACAUAGGCAUACACACACACACAGAUACACACACACAGAUACACACACACUCACAGACACACACACACAUACACACACGCACAUACACACACACAGAUACACAC